AUGGAACUCAAAAACUAUCAACAGGUUGGUAUCAACUGGCUUAAUGUUCUUUAUCAAAACAAGCUCUCGUGUAUAUUAGCCGACGAGAUGGGAUUGGGAAAAACCUGUCAGGUUAUUGCAUUCAUGGCCCACUUGAAACAAGUAAAUGAACCUGGACCUCAUCUUGUCAUUGUUCCUUCAUCGACCCUUGAAAAUUGGUUGAGAGAAUUCAAAAAGUUUUGUCCUUCGUUGGUGGUAAAGGCUUACUAUGGUUCUCAGCGUGAGCGUGAAGAUAUUAGGUAUGAUCUUGAACUGACCCAUUACGAUGUAUUGGUUACCACAUAUAAUCUUGCGACUGGUGCUCCAGCUGAUUUUAAGUUUUUGAAGCAUUGUGACUUCAAUAUGAUCGUUUAUGAUGAAGGACAUUUGCUCAAGAAUUCCACCUCUGAUCGGUACACCAAGUUGAUGAGACUCAAGGCCAAGUUUAGAUUGCUUCUUACUGGUACACCUUUGCAGAAUAACUUGAAAGAAUUGGUGUCGCUUUUGUCAUUUAUGCUUCCAAAUCUUUUCAGCGAACGAAGGGAAGAUUUGCAUGGUUUAUUUAACAAGAAGGCCAGUACCAUUAAUGCUGAUGAGGAUUAUAACCCACUUCUUUCUCAGCAAGCAAUUGCUAAAGCGAAAACCAUGAUGACACCGUUUGUUCUUCGGCGUAAAAAGUCACAGGUAUUGACCCAUCUUCCAGGAAAAACUAACCAAAUCAAAUACUGUGAGCUUACUUCUUCUCAGAAGGAAAUAUACCUCGAGCACCUUAAUAGGGGUAGAGCAACCAGAAAAGAACGGGAAAGAAGGAAAUUGUUAACUGGAAAGGAAGCAGAAAAAGCUCGUGACGAGCCAAUUACGUCGUCAUCGAACGUGAUGAUGGCACUCAGAAAAGCUGCUCUUCACCCACUUCUUUUCCGCAAACUUUACGAUGAGGAAAAAUUGAAGCAAAUGGCCAAGGAUAUCAUGAAAGAGCCAGAAUAUGUGGAAGCUAAUGAGCAAUAUAUUUAUGAGGACAUGGAAGUGAUGUCCGACUACGAGCUUAAUAAUUUAUGUGUCAAGUUCCCCACAUUGAGCAAAUAUGUGCUUGAGGACAAAGAAUGGCUUAACAGUGGCAAGGUCGGUUUGUUGAUGGAUCACAUUAAGGAAAUCAUGGCUCGUAAAGAGAGGGUGUUGGUGUUUUCAUUAUUCACACAAAUGCUCGAUAUUCUUGAAAAAGUUCUUACAAUCGGCAACAUCAAAUUUUUACGUUUGGAUGGCCAAACAUCAGUGGAUACCCGUCAAGAUUUGAUCGAUACUUUCUACGAUGAUGACACCAUUCCUGUGUUCUUGUUGUCCACCAAAGCUGGAGGAUUUGGAAUCAAUCUUGUGGCUGCAAAUAAUGUGGUUAUAUUCGACCAGUCGUUCAAUCCUCACGAUGAUAGACAAGCCGAGGAUAGAGCACACCGUGUCGGACAAACCAGUGAGGUAUUAGUGACUCGUUUCAUCAGCAAAGGAACUAUAGAAGAGAACAUGUUACAGUUGGCAGAGAACAAACUACAGCUUGAUCAAAGUAUCAGUUCCAUCGAGGUUUCGGAGUCCAAGAUGGAAGACAAGGCGGUUUCGAUGAA